AAGGUGAACAAGUCAGUCAAGCCAGGAUUUUGUACAGUUCGGACGUUGUGCGAAGGUAUUCCAUAAGCUGGAGGAGAGUUACGCGCUAAAAACGCGCCAAAUGGCGGGAGUAACCUACUGGACUUCACUGGGGCUCUUCCUAUGGUGUUGUUCGGUGGUUCAGUCACAGACUACAUUGAGAGGGCCUGAAGGAAGUGUCUGCACUUUUGUCAACACUCGCCAGGUGAGUUACCAGGUGGAACUCAGGCGGAAACGGACCACUGCUUUCGUAGACUACAUCGCCUCCUACCUGGGCUUUCAACACGAGAACAGGGUCCCUAGAUCGCUGGUAACCCGGUACCAGAGAGAGUACUUCACUGAUUACGAGUGUUGUGUGGGCUGGAACCAUAUCGACGAUACCUGCCAAGCUGACUGCUACAUCCCGUGUGUAAACGGUCUUUGUGUGGACACAAACAGUUGUGAAUGUGACGAAGGAUGGGAAGGACCACAGUGCGAUAACGAUGUCGACGAAUGCUGGUACGGGAUUGCGGAGUGUGAACACAUUUGCACCAACACGGACGGAUCCUUCAACUGCUCCUGCGAUCCGGGAUUCCAUCUCAUUAACGAGACUAGCUGUGCAGAGGAAGCUGACGUGGAUGAAUGCUCAACCGAUAACGGAGGUUGUGAGCAGAACUGUGUCAACACGUACCUGUCACACCACUGCACCUGUGACCCAGGCUGCACCCUAGGUGCUGAUGGACGAUCUUGUAACGACAUCAACGAGUGCUUACCUAACAGAGGAAGAGGGGACUGCGACCACUUCUGUGACAACACACCUGGAGGCUUUGAGUGCUCGUGUCGUCCACAACACCACCUUGUGGGACAGACAGAAUGCAGAGAGGAUGUCAUGUAUCCAUACGGAGAGGAAGUUGACGAAGAAGCAAAAGAGUGGGACUUCCUGAAAUCCUGCAAGAAAGUUGAGCUACCCCUGGAGGGAUUCCGCUUCUUCACAAGGCGCCACCAUAAGAUUUAUAUCUGUGACAAUGGUGUGGCCCAGUUUGACAGCGGUAUUCGACCUGUCACUCCUGAAAAGCUGGACAAGUCUGCCUGGUACAAGAAAGCGGCCCUCGCUCCUUAUCUGUCUAAGUCUGACCCCACCGUCUUGAAUGGAGAGCCGGAAAGACUGAAGACAAAGUUUUACUACAGCGUGCACGAGAGGGAUGACGGGAACGAAAACACUGACGCCAUCUUGGAGAAAGCCAGAGAGGACGGCCGCAGUGUCCCUGACUACCAUUCUACAGAUUACAAACCAGUUUGGGCGAUGGUGAUCACGUGGGCGAACGUUCCACCAGACUGCUCGGUCUUUGAGUCAGGUUGUCCCGUGGAGCUGUCUCGUUUACGGCGAAAUACAUUCCAACUGGCCAUAUCCACAGAUGGCACUGAGUCGUUUGCAACGUUCGUCUACCCCCCGCUUAAGCAGGAAUGGUUUACUCCAGACGAGGCGAUAACGCCAAGAGAUAAGAACCGCCCGCGGGUCAAGACCAGUCGGGACGCGGCAGUUGCCGGCUACAGCGCCGGGGACGGGACGGGCUUAGGACCUGGUAACGUGGAGGGGAUGUCACCUUACUCGGGAACCAAAGCGAUGAGGACUCUAUUCCGUCUUCCGUCAAAUAGAGCAGGCUACUGGAAGUUUGCACUACAACACCAAGGGGCUCGACCAGUUCCUGCGGAAGCAGUGGUGAGCUGUUCGGCGUGGAUCCGUAAGCAGGAGUUUGAAACCCCGACUACCCUGCCAGGUUACCAUGAGUUACCGGCCCCCGGAUCUUGCCCCUGCACCCUGGAGCAGGCCUAUCACGAUAGGAGGUACAGGGUAGGUUUUGACAUCAAGCAGUUUCGCACCUGGCAGUUCAAUCGAUACGUAUGGAUCGGUCAUGAGACAUGCGCUAUCAGCAGGGUCAAAGUUCGCUCGUUCGUUGACUCCAAGAUGUACCGGAUGUGGAGAACCUGCUGUUACGGACCGAGCUACUACUGGAAGGAAUAUAAACGGCCAUGUCCAUGUGCAAGGGACAGGAUUCGAUGGGGCACGCUAAAGUGGGGCCAUUUCGGAGGACAUCUUGUGGUGAAUAACCAGACGGAAGACAGGGAGGCUUACCAGGACUGCUGUGUCGGCUCCUCCUGGUACUACUGCAACAAGUUCAACCAGCUUCGUCCGCGCUCCGUCCCGACCGCCGUUUCCAGCUGCACUAACUACAAUAUCAAUUGUGCCCUUGCACAUUCGUGGUAUGAUCCGCACAUCCAGACACUGGACGGGAUGAAUUACACGUUCAACGGCCUUGGCGAGUAUGUUCUUCUGGAUCUCGACGAUGGGGAGUACCAGGUCCAGGCACGGACGUCUCAGGCUGAAGGAACGAGCCACGCAACAGUGUUUACCUCCAUUGUCGCGUAUCAAAUGGGCCGUUCUCCAAUCCAAAUCAACCUGGUCGGAACCGAUGGUCUCCAGCUGUACGUUAACUACACGGCCGUCGACAUGGCACUCUUUGAAGACCUGGAACAUGAAGAAGAGGUGGAGGAUAUCGCUUCAGUAUCCGCACUUUCCAACUCUUCUCUACUGAUCUUCUUCUUCAACGAGCUGUCAGUGAAGGUGACGGCUCAGAAGGCAAUGCUGCACCUGGAGUACGCCGUUCCCAAUAAGUACCAGAAGAAGACUAAGGGACUCCUGGGUUACUGGGACGGAGACUCUGAGAACGACUUCGUGGCCUUUGAUGAGAGUGUCUUACCGAGCGGUGCAUCUGAGGAGGACAUUUUCAAUCAGUUUGGAGAAACUUGGCAAGUGACAGAAGACGAUGGUCCAAAGAGAACGAGAUUUUUCUACGAGCCAGGGAGGACCACCGACUCGUACAAGGACAGCAGCUACGUGCCACACUACACGGACCAGGUGAUCUUCGGCAGUGCAGAACUGGAGCAGCAGGCCAAUGCCGUGUGUGGAGACGACAGGGAGUGUCUGUUCGACAUUUUCGAGACCGGCGACGUUGAAGUUGGGGCGCUGUCCGUAGUGAUGAAGGAGGACCUUGAGAUCGAGAAGAUAGUCAGAGAGAUAUUCCCUCCAACACUACAAGGACCAGAGGUUGUCAACGCUACUGUGGGAGAACUGCUCCAGUUUACCGUGACUGCCGCCGACAGAAAUGACCUCGACAUGAUGUUCGAGUUGGGCCCGGAAGUCCCGGCUGACGCCACGUUGUCCGUAGCGGGUGACGUGGCGACGUUUUCCUGGCUCGUGACGUCAGAUGAGCCGUUUAACCUGCAGGUUGACGUGACGAAUUCGGAGAACGCGACCGCCCAGCUCUGGCCAACCGUCAACAUGUGCUCCUGUCUGAACGGUGGGUUCUGUGAGGGACAAGCUGCAGAGGAACAGAACAUCGAUGGAAACACAAAAUUUACCACUUUGGAGUGUACUUGCCCAGCUGGGUACACCGGAAAGAGGUGCGAAAGCGAUAUCGACGCAUGCGUCGAGAACUUUAACCCUUGCUUCUCGGGAGUUGUGUGCACAGACCGGCAACCGCCAGCCGACAUCGACGGGUUCGACUGCGGGGACUGCCCGCCUGGGUUUCACGGAGAUGGACAGACCUGCAUCGACAUCGACGAGUGCACCACCACAGAAGGAUCUGUUUGUCAUCAUGUCUGCAUCAACAGUGUCGGCAACUUCUCCUGCGGCUGCAACGAAGGCUACUACCUAACAGAUGACGCGGUUUCCUGUGAAGAUGUCAAUGAAUGUGAUCUCCCGAACAAUUGCACCCAAAGUUGUCUGAAUACCGACGGAUCUUUCAACUGUAGCUGUCAGGACGGUUUCAUGCUCGCAGCAGAUGGACAAAACUGUGAACCAAGCAACCCCUGCAGCAUGGAGAACAACCCAGGUUGUGACGAUGACUCUGGCUGGUGUGCCAUUGACUCGUCCUCUAGACUAGCGACUUGCGUGUGUAUGGCAGGAUAUCAGCUCAACGUCGAUGGGGUUACAUGUGAAGAUAUUGAUGAAUGCCUUACCGGUGACAAUCACUGUGACCAGCUGUGUAACAACACUAUAGGCGCGUACGAGUGCUACUGUGAGGACGGCUAUGAACUGACGGACAACCCAGUGCAUCCCUGCGAGGAUAUCGAUGAAUGUUUCGAGGGCCUCUUCAACUGCUCGACCAACGAGGUUUGCGAGAACGAGGUGGGGAGUUACUCGUGCAUCUGUGAGGAAGGAACCGAACUCAUUGAAGGCUUAUGCGUGAGAGAGUUCGCCACUUCAACUACGCGCCCCACAACAGUGCCUACAACUACAACUACACGCCCCACAACAGUGUCUGCAACUACAACUACACGCCCCACAACAGUGCCUACAACUACAACUACACGCCCCACAACAGUGCCUACAACUACAACUGCAACUACAACUACACGCCCCACAACAGUGCCUACAACUACAACUGCAACGCCAACGACUUCAGGACCAGCGAUGCCAUUGGUCACAUCCCCUGUUACAGCGUCGGGCAAGAAAGACACAACGGAGCAUCCGACCGAGACCAUGCCACCAUCAUCUGCCAUCACUAGCAAGAUCACAGAACGAUCCACAAUUGAUGGAGAAGCUGCAACAACUCCGCUAUCGACAACCGAAGUUCACCACUACAGGUCUUCGAUUCCAACAACUGUCGAGAAAACAACUGGAAGCUCAUCUGCUACAACUGCUUCUCAGUCCUCUUCAGAAGAAGAAGAAGAGGGGACUACAGUACACCAAGGGGAUACAGUCCCAUUUACCACGGCAGGAAAAGGUCGGACCAAAGAUCCAAGUGUGGCUGGUGAGUUGGAGAGGAACACCAUCUUGUUGACACUGGACAUGUAUAUAGACGAGCUGACGGCUGAUAGACUAGAGAAUUUCAAGACCGUCGUUGCUGAGGAGAUGACGUCUUUCUGUCGGAGACACAUGCACGAGCUUCACGACUGCAGAGUGUCCGGACCUGCGAGAUCAUACAUUGCCGCCGUGUUUACCGCGGAGUUAGUGUUCAUUCCUCCCGGUUACCCCCGGCAGUCGGCAACCUCCGGAUCCGGACAGAGCCUCCUGGCUUUCUUCGUGGCACAUCCGGACAGCCUUGGAACAACCCUUCGUCCUAUCUCCAUCUCCAACCUCCGGAUGAUGGUGGACACUUCCAUGGAGGAGGUAGCGGUUGCUCUUGGAGAUGCAGGGCGCAUUGCAGAUGUAGUUCCUCUGUUGGAAUACAUCUACGGCGAAGACGUCACUACCAUGAUACCUACGAAGAGACAAGGAGAGAGUGACCCAAAAGGAUCAGGGGCCCCAGCCCAAACGGUGACCAUCGUGGCAUGCGGGACUCUGGCCGCUGUAGCUGUCGCCGCAGUCAUCGGAGUAACAUGGUACUGCAAAAGAGCCAGGACAGGACGUCGCAACGCGCCAAUCGACGUGUACGGCGCCCCGCUCCCAGAGUGCCGCCUGGAUCCGCCGGUGUCUACGGUACUGAAAGGGAGAGAAUCGCCCUUCCUCGGCAGGAAUAACAUCUGGGAAUAGCAAAUCUACAAUGUAGAACAACGCGCCUUUAUCAAACAUUAACUUAACCCCUUCCGUACAUAGCCGGGUAUGGACAUGGUAAGGGACUGGUUAGCUGGUGUUUGGGAGUAGGUCAGCAAUGUUUGGGAUGCGUUCUUUGAGGAAGGGUCAAAUUGGACUCACAUUUAAUUCAUAUUCCACUGGAUCCGUACAGAAUGAUCUGCUCAGACUGCUCCCUAAUUUCAGUCAACCUUGGUUGAAAGGUUCUGAAUGUGUGACAGGGAGUUUACUUAUGAACGUCUAACUUUUAAAACGGCAGAGCUAUGUGUUUUUAUAUUGAUGUUUGUUUUCGUGGAAGUUCAUCUGUGUUGGUAGUUAUCAUAGUUACAAUGCUGAACUUUAUUCCAACACAAAGGGUACACAAGGAUCAAAUUUUCGACGACAACUGUCGCCUUAAUAAGGGUAAGAAAUGGCAUCCACAUUGAAUCACCGGACCAUAACGUUUCAUUGGAAAUAGUCAAAAUACUGUACACUGAGUAGGACUACUUUGUAAGAGGUAUAACUAUAUCAGAGGGCACUCCAGCCACUAUAUAAACAGAGACGUUGGACGAUAUAAACUGUCUGACACGUUUGACCAAUUGCUGACGUCAUAUAUCCGUUAAGUCUUCUGUGAUUUGAAUAGGGUCACGUGUCACGUUUGGCAGUGAUUGGUCACUAUUUAUACCGAGGAAGGCGACAGUAGUCGUUAGAAUGUGACCAUUGUGUAUCCUUGUGUUGGAAUAAAGUUCAGUAUUACACUAUAUGAUGUUUUGUUAUCAUUUUUAUUGUACAAGAUGCACUUCUACCAACAAGGCUAUUUGUUUGUAACAAACUACUGCUGGUUGGAAUGAUUGGUUUGGUAUAUGGUGUAAAAUUGUAAAAACAUACUGAGUGUCUAAUACUUAGUGUUAAUUAAAGCUUGAGUGCUGUGCCGCGUUAUAAUUAUUUGAACGUUCUAUCCGUUUGUAUUCUAAAUUGUGUUCUCUAUAUAUUACAUUAUGGUCAUGGAAUUGUAUAUUGGUCAGUCGCCAGGGUUAGCACUUUGUAAUAAGCCUUCGGCUAGUUUGGUAACCCUGCCUGUAUGUUUUUAUACAACCGAGCAACAAGAAAACCGAAUCGAUUGUCACUCUGGUGCAUUGCUCCAUGUAACCAGGUCAGUUUUCGUGUCAAGAGUGUGAAUAAUAAACUGUAUCAAACUACAUAUUUGUAGUUUUAUGAUGUUGUUAAAUGAAUGGUUUCAUCUUUAAAUGCCUUCACAUGUAUUUAAAUGUACAUG